CACGUUCUGAAUAGACGAUCUAUACCGUAUAUUAGUCUUUAACUAAACUUAAUUGUAAACAGAUAAGAUUUUAUUACUUUUUAAUAUUUCAUUAAAAUAAUGCAUUUCUUGAGUUUUAUAUUUAUUUAUGAUUUAUUUUAUGUAUUUAUUACCUUUGACGUAUAGCUACCACGUGAUCUGCAAAACAAUUAUGACCUCUCUUGCGAGCUAGUGGUAGCUAACCAGUGGGAAUUAAUGCUAACAUUUCUAAAUUGUGCGCAACAUUUCUCACAAUGGACCAGACUAAGCAAGAGGGGGAAUAUGGAUACGACUUAUUCCCGGAGAGGAACAUGGGGAAGUACAAGAAGGGAUCCAUCGCGGAGAGCCUGUUCACUUUCAACCACAAGUGUCAGGUCAUGUUACAGUUCGCAAUGGAAACUAGUCCUUAUGCCAAACUCCUUCUCAGUGCCAUGAAAAGUUCAGGAUGCAAAGUAUUUAAAGAGCGACAUUUCUCCUGUGAAGAUUGUGACGGGACCGUCAGCGGUGGCUUCGAUGCAGCUUCUUCUCAAAUUGUUUUGUGUCAGAACAACAUCCACCAGCAGUCCCAUAUGAAUCGAGUGGUCACACACGAGCUCAUCCACGCCUUUGAUCACUGCCGGGCCCAUGUGGACUGGUUCAACAACUUCAGGCAUCUAGCUUGUUCUGAGAUUCGGGCCGCUAACCUCAGUGGAGAUUGCUCCUUUAGCAACGAAAUUUCUAGAUUUAACUUCGGCUUGAAGCAGCAUCAUCAGGAAUGUGUCAGAGGCCGUGCCCUCCGCUCCAUCCUGGCUGUGAGGAAAAUUAACCGAGAGGAGGCAGAGAAAAUAGUUGACGAGGUCUUCGGUGCGUGUUUCAACGACCAUGCGCCCUUUGGACGGAUCCCGCACAGCAAGAAGGAUGCCAAGUUUGCCUAUAGAGAUUAUGAGAACAGAGAUCGAUAUUUUGCAAACCUUUAGUGUCGUCACAUUCUCCUUUCACUUCCAAGGGUGCUAUGAUUGGCAGUGAUGCUGACAAGAGCUUGGUAGCGUCAGGUUCUUGGUCAGCAGAAAAGUCUCAACAGAAUGACUUUGCAAUGAAAACAAAAAUAUCCUUUCAGAAAGGAUUUUAAGGGAAUGACUCAUCCUUGGAAUAUUAAAGCAAAGGAAGGAGCUACAGUAUAUUUAAUUUUCUACCUUUUGGACACUAACUCUGUAAAAAAGGAUUGUAAGGACUGUUUUUGCUCUGCAGUGUUAGUAUUAGGAUUUUUGUAAUUUGUUUUUAGGUAAACAAGGGGUGCAUUUAAGGAAAUACAAGAUUUCCUUUUUGUCCAUCAGUGUUUGCUGUGAAAGCCCUUUGAUGACUGACUAUUGGCUCUUCAUCAUGUUGCCACAUUCACUAUUUCUUGUAAAUAGAGCUGAUUAUGCUUAAAUUAAACAAAAUCAAAUGUAUUUGAAUUAAAGUUUGAUUCCUCUGAAAAAGUA